AUGCAGGUCUUUGUGAAGACCCUAACUGGCAAGACCAUUACCUUGGAGGCGGAGCCCAGUGACACCAUUGAGAACAUGAAGGCCAAAAUCCAGGACAAGGAGGGCAUUCCUCCCGAUCAACAGAGGCUGAUCUUUGCUGGCAAGCAGUUGGAAGACGGCCGCACCCUCUCUGACCACAAAAUCCAGAAGGAAUCGACCCUGCAUCUUGUGUUGCGCCUGAGGGGAGGCAUGCAGAUCUUUGUGAAGACCCUGACAGGCAAGACCAUCACCCUGGAGGCGGAGCCCAGUGACACCAUUGAGAACGUGAAAGCCAAGAUCCAGGAUAAAGAGGGCAUCCCCUCUGACCAGCGGAGGCUGAUCUUUGCUGGCAAGCAGUUGGAAGACGGCCGCACCCUCCCUGACUACAACAUCCAGAAGGAAUCCACCCUGCAUCUUGUGUUGCGUCUCAGGGGUGGUUAA